CUGGUGAUGACAGUCACCUCAGGUUGUCUGGUUGUGAAUUUCCGGCACAUUUUCGCGACACACGCUUCACGAGCAUCAUUUCUGGUGGCGCUCUCGAUGGAAUUGCAUUUUUUUGCACUUUUCCUGUGUUUAUCCAGAGAUUGAGAGGAACUAUGCGAGCUUGUUCGUGUUGAUUUACAUUUUUUGCUUUUGCUUCCAUCUUUCCUCAUCCUCUUAUUCUUAUUCGGCUAUGGAGAUUACUGCUGCGUCGAAUUGUAGUCGCAUCAGUGCCUCGCAUUGUACAGGAAUACUAGAAUCAUUUCGUGUGGAGGGGUUAAGGAUUUGGAGUGCAUCCUCUAGGUUGAACUCGAAGCGGUGUUCAUUGGAUUGCCGAAGUUCCUUGCGGGACGAUGUCGUGUCCAACUUGAAAACUCGAAGGAGGUGUGCUGUGGUGGUAGAAGCUUCUUUAAGUCGUCGUUCUGCCAUGCUGAGCUUGUUGGCUGCGUCUCCGUUGCUCUUCGCGUCACUCUCGCAUGCUCUGGAGCUUCGUUCGGCAGCACCAAAGGAUGAAUUUGACCAGGAGGAGGAAAGCUUGAUAGAGCUCUUUUCGAAAGCAACAAGGUCUGUAGUGUCGGUUCAGAAUGUGCAAACCUUGGGGACCAAAACUGUAGGACAACCUGUGAGUGAAGAUGAUGUGAAGGUGGAAGGCAUAGGCUCGGGUUUUAUCUGGGACAAGUUUGGCCACAUUGUUACAAAUUAUCACGUGGUAGCAAAACUGGCUAUGGAUUCCUCAGGGUGGCAAAAAGUUCAGGUGUCUGUUCUUGGAGGUGAUGGGAAAAUUACAGUGCACGAUGCUUCCCUGAUUGGCAUUGAUUCAAGCCACGAUCUUGCUGUUCUUAAGAUAGAUCCUACUGUGAAGCCUGCUACAUGUGUCCUCUACACGAAUUUGUGUCGAACUAACAGAGAAGCGAUUUUGCUUUUUGAGAUCGAUGCACCGGAAGACAGGUUGACCCCGAUUCCAGUGGGGACAUCUGAAGACAUCCGCGUGGGCCAAAACUGCUUUGCUAUUGGCAAUCCUUAUGGUUUUGAGCACACGCUCACCACUGGGGUGGUCAGUGGAUUAGGACGAGAAAUUCCAUCCCCUGCUGGGCUGCCUAUUCCUGGUGCUAUCCAGACAGAUGCUGCCAUCAACGCUGGAAACUCAGGAGGGCCAUUGUUGGACUCGUUUGGAAGAAUAAUUGGAGUAAAUACUGCUACUUUUACUCGUGCAGGCUCGGGAAUGUCAUCAGGUGUGAACUUCGCCAUCUCAAUCGAUACAGUUCGCAUGCUAGUACCCCGUUUGAUUGUUUACGGGACAGUCUCUUCAACUCAAAUACCUCCUGCCAUCCCAUCGAGGAGUUUAGCAAGACGGUAUAGCACAUAGAAGUGUUGAAAGGACAUGGGAGCGCUCUGAGUGUACUUGUACAAGUUAUAAUCUCUAAACAAGAUUCAUGAAUUCAGACGUUGCAAUUGUGAACA